UGUGUCAGCUCAAAGGAACCUAAACCACUGAAAGAUUUAGAUCACUCUCACGUGGUGCCUGACCAAAAACGCAGGAUACAGCAAGACUUUGUGCCGAGCUUGUAAUUCCCAGAUUGUUUUGGCUGUGUGGACAUGGGAGGCAAAGGGGAAGUGGUGGUGCUGAGCAGAAUUGAGCCAAAAAUGGAGUCUCCACAUAUCAAAUUAAAUCGUCUGAGGCUCCGGCCCCGGCAUAACCCCUCAUGGGAGAAAAGGCGGGUGAAGACCACAGUCCGAAAGAAAAGAGACAGAGAUUCCAGCCCCACCGAGAUGAGCGUGGAUCCCUGGGCCAGCCCGCAGGACCAGGCAGCAGCUGAGGACUCUCGCAGAACCCACUCUCCACCCUCCCCAGACCAGGAGCAGCAGCAGCCGGAUAAACUGUGCCUGGAAUCAUUCUGGAGCGAGGUUGAGAACAUCCGACAGGGGUGUGGCGAUACAGAUCUCAACUCUACCAGGAGAGACUCCAGGCAGUCAGAAGAGGGAGAACAGGAGGAACAGUGGCUGGCCGACGCUGGCUUAUCGACCCUCAUCAGCGAGGACAGCGAGGAUGUAGACAAGGCCGUUCUGCUCUCCACUCUAACCCGGACGCAAGCAGAAGCUGUUCAGCGCCGCCUGGAUUCCUACACGUUAUCCCGCCGUAAAAAGAACAAGACACCUCCCAGAGACGUUCGGGACAUCUUUAGCUCACCUAUCGCCCAGACUUUGCUGCCCGAGUCUCAGAACAGCAACGACCUUCCACAGAAUAGCAUGGCAUCAGUUGCCAAAAUGCCUUUUUCAGCAGUGACACCGGAGCAUCAACGGGGCGCUCCUAAGGAGGAAUUCCUCAUUACUGACAUUGCUUACUGUGAACAAGCUGUGAUCUUCAUGAAACAGGCCAAUUUUCCACUGAACAACAUCCCACACAGAAAGGAAGAUGGCACCCUACCUCGGAUAAUCUGCCCAAAAUGCCGCCUUGGAGUGACUCGUAUUCAAGACCUCUCCCACUGUGACAUGAAGAAGAUUCGCCAGCUGGCCCUCAUCGACAUGACGGCGCUGUGCGACCUCUUAGAGCUGGAGGUUAAAAGGCAUAAAACUGGAAAGAGAAAGAUUGCAGAGAGCAAACUUUUUGGGGUACCGCUUGCCACACUGCUGGAAACUGACCAGAAGAUGAAACCAAACAGCUCGAUUCCUCUCUUCCUGCAAACGCUGCUGUCGUUUCUGGAGAAAAAAGGAGUCGAUUCAGAGGGGAUUCUGCGGGUUCCAGGAUCUCAAUCCAGAAUAAAGCUGCUGCAGCAGAGCUUGGAGGCCAACUUCUACUCAGGGCAUUUUAGCUGGGAGGAAGUGAGUCCAAAUGAUGCUGCUGCGCUCUUGAAGAAGUUCAUCCGAGAGCUGCCAGAUCCGCUGCUUACUGCAGAAUACCUCAACACCUUUAGCGCCGUCAGAGAUAUCACAGAGCUGAGGCAGAAACUGCACAUGUUGAACCUGCUUGUUCUGCUGCUCCCUGAGCCAAACAGGAGCACACUAAAGGCCCUGCUAGAGUUCCUCAAUAAAGUGGUUAACAGAGAGAAAAAGAACAGGAUGAACCUGUGGGCCGUAGCCACCAUCAUGGCUCCCAACCUCUUCCUCCAUAAGGCUGUCCCAAGCCGACUGACUGAUGGGGGGGAGAAAGGACAGGCAGAGAAGGCAGCUGAUGUGAUGAGGCUUCUCAUUCGUUACCAGGACCUCCUUUGGACGGUCCCUAACUUCCUUAUAAGCCAAGUGCGUAGACUCAAUGAGAACAGCAACCGCCGCUACCAGUUCUACGAUCGACGCUUCAAGAACUUGCUGAGAAAGAUCCAGCCAGACAGCAGGGAAAAACCAGAGAAAAACUCAGAGCCACGUCGUACUAUAAAAAUACAGGUGGGGGAUCUGGUUAACAGCACGAUGGAGUUUCAACUCGGCAUCAACUCCAGAACCUCUGACCUGCUUUCCCAGUUUUACCGGCAGUUCCUCCGCAGCCCGGAAAAUGGAAAAGGCAAAAUGAGAAGAAAUGGCUCGGUGGGAUACCCAGACUGCGCCCUGUAUGAAGUGGGGGGGAACAUCGGAGAGCACUGUUUGGACACAGAGACACAUCUCCUAGAUCUUUACAACAGUAAUCCUGGAGGAGAAUGGAUCAUCAAAAUUAAGCCAAACGGAGGCAGAGGGUAGUGGCCUGUUGGAUGACUGACAGACAGACAGAGGAACAUAUUUCAGAGGAGAGAUGAAGAUUUCUUCUUCAAACCUCCUCAUAGCUCCUGGGGUCCUUCGGAGCAACAAGCAGGAAGAAGGACAGAUGGAGCAGACAGAAGCAUUUAUCUGCCUGGAGCAGAGUUGAGAAUUUCCAUUCUCUGCUUCUUCUUUCCAUCUCUUUUUGUUUUUUUCUACUCCUCAUCCGGUUUCUCUCCAUCCUCUCGUCCUUCAUUCUCUCUUCGGAUGUUCAUUUCCUGUGUUUCUGCACUGCUGCAAG